AUGACGCAGUUAUUCACCUCUUCACAUCCCUCGCCUGUGCCGUCGGAGAAACGCAACUUCGCUGGCCUUUCGCUGUCCUCCAAGAAACAUAACAACAAUAACGUCAACAACAGCAGUAAUAAUACAGAAUCCUCCUCGAAUCAUUUUCCUUCCAAGAUCAAGAACUUUUUCCGCAUCAACUCGUCAAGUAGCAAUGUAGGGACGAACGGCAACAAUUCGGACCGGGAAGCAAAGGACAGCAACGGUUCCAACACGAGUCUUCCAAAGAAUGAUUUGAAAUCAAACUCCAGACAAUCCCGGUUCUUGCCUGCUAUCGGCCGCAAUCGCUCGACUACCGUCGCAAGUGAAGGCAAUCCGUUAGACGAUAGUCUCUCCCCGACUGCUCUUGCCAACCCAUACUUUGCUCACCAGGGCCAUCCCGCCCUUCGACAUCGCAAUGACGGUUCGCUUCCCUCCACACCGCCCGAUGUACCAGAAUUACAAGUUCAGGGAAUCCCUGCGGUCGAUCAAGCGACUACAGCCGGCAAAGAAGAAUUAGCACGCAAGCUUCGCCGAGUCGCCUCCGCACCAAAUACCCAGGGGCUCUUUGCCGAUGACAAAUCUGGUGAGCGACCAAAAACAGCAGAACUAGGUAAAGAACCAUUGGUAGCGCAGGGCGGAAAUCAAGUUCAAGUCGGACUUCCGGAUUCGUCGGAUGAGGUACUCGCUGUUCCAGGCAUUGGACCAGAUGGAAAGAUACCUCUACCGGGUCAGAUCAGGGUAGCGUCUUCUGGCGCAUUUCGAAGAACAUACAGCUCGAACUCGAUCAAGGUGCGCAAUGUGGAGGUUGGUCCAGGCAGCUUUGACAAGAUCAAAUUGAUUGGCAAAGGAGAUGUCGGCAAGGUAUAUUUGGUCAGAGAGAAGAAAUCUAAUCGGCUAUAUGCCAUGAAAGUUUUGAGCAAAAAAGAAAUGAUCAAACGUAACAAGAUCAAACGAGCGCUUGCCGAACAGGAGAUCCUAGCUACGAGCAACCAUCCUUUCAUUGUGACAUUAUAUCACUCUUUCCAGUCAGAGGACUUUUUGUAUCUGUGUAUGGAGUAUUGCAGCGGUGGGGAGUUUUUCAGAGCCUUGCAAACUCGUCCCGGAAAAUGCAUACCUGAAGAUGAUGCCCGAUUUUAUGCAGCGGAGGUAACGGCAGCCUUGGAAUAUUUGCAUUUGAUGGGUUUCAUAUACCGCGAUCUGAAGCCUGAGAAUAUUCUUCUACAUCAAUCCGGUCACAUCAUGUUGUCUGACUUCGACUUGUCAAAACAAUCAGGACCAGGAGGAGCGCCAACGAUGAUUCUGGGACGCAAUGGUAAUGGUCCAGCGUCUUUUCCGACAAUCGACACAAAAUCAUGUAUCGCCGACUUCCGAACGAAUUCGUUUGUCGGAACAGAAGAAUACAUUGCGCCUGAAGUGAUUCAAGGGUGCGGCCACACCAGUGCCGUCGAUUGGUGGACUCUGGGAAUUCUGAUAUACGAGAUGUUAUAUGGUACCACCCCGUUCAAAGGCAAGAAUCGGACUGCAACCUUUUCCAAUAUUCUUCGAAAUGAAGUGCCGUUCCCUGAACAUGGUGGUGCACAACAAAUCUCCAGUUUGUGCAAAUCGCUUAUCCGAAAACUACUCAUCAAAGAUGAAACGAAACGCCUUGGAGCAAGAGCAGGCGCCUCUGAUGUCAAAACACAUCCGUUUUUCCGAAACACAUCUUGGGCUUUGAUCCGACAUAUGAAACCUCCCAUGAUCCCUCACCAAGGACGCGGUAUCGACACAGUCAACUUCCGCAACGUCAAAGAAAGUGCCAGUGUGGAUAUUGGAGGUUCGACGAAUAAGAUGCCAGGCGUUCCAUUAGAUUCGGGUCUGGCUACUCCUGGCGGCGAGAUCGCUGAUCCGUUCGAGGAAUUCAACAGCGUCACUCUUCACCAUGAGGGUGAUGAAUAA